AUGGCUGGAUCCAAGGCAGAUUCAGAACGUAUCGCAUCAGUUGCGCAACUGACCGCUGUGCCCAACGAUCAAAGGGAAACACCGAUCGAGUCACCUAUGGCGACCGCAGCCUUGCCUAAAACACCUCCGAACCAACCCGCUGAUGACAAUGACCGCAACAAUGACAGCCCCGUAGUCUCAGAGGAAAGAGCCGAAAGCUUCCAAGCCCAGCAGUUUGCCGACAAGACUACCUUGUCAGGAUGGUUCCCACAGAUAAAAAACGACGAACACAGUAGCUGGCGCAUAUGGUUUUCGCGGAGAAGCCGUGCCCUCAUGGUCCAGAUCGGAAUCAUCGGCUUCAUUUUAAUGACGAACCUCGGUGUGACCAUUUUUGCUGUCAAAAGCUACGGGAGCCGAAAUGGUGUCGGGCUGAUAUACGAGGGCGAUUGCUCGACCGUGAAGAGGCUGGACCAGUGGUUGCAUUUGCUCAUCAAUCUUUUGGGAACUGGUAUGCUGUCAGCUUCAAAUUAUUGCAUGCAACUACAGGCUGCGCCGACCCGCGAGAACGUGAAUGCUGCUCACGCGAAGCACAAGUGGCUGGACAUUGGCAUCCCUAGUCUCCGAAACCUGAAAUAUCUCAGUAUGUGGAGGCGAUGUUCGUGGGCCUUACUUGCGCUCACCUCUAUUCCCAUCCAUCUCAUAUACAACUCAGCUGUGUUCCAGUCACUAUCAUCACAUAAUUACACAGUCGUGGUUGUCAAAGAUUCAUUCUUGAACAAUGCCACAUGGAGUUUAAAGACAGCAGAAACCAACCGAGCCGGCGACUACGGCUGGGAAGACACGCGAGUCAACCCCUUGAAUCUGGAUUACGAAGAAGUAGUGCGUGGGAUACAGAGCAAUGCAUCGAUCUACGAAGAACGCAACGUAUCAGCAUGUUUCGACUUGUAUGAUGACUACUUCAAUCCGCAAGGAAACGCGAUUAUUCUAGUCAAGAACGAAUCUUUGCAGAAUCCACCGGAAGACAGUCUGCUCAUGUACGUUUCCAUUGUUCCUCGCUUGGACGACUGGUCCAAGAACAUGUGGGCUCUGGGCAAUGGUACUGGUCACUUUGCGGCUUUAUCACCUCCGAAGCCCGUGACCAAAUGGUUUCUUGGGCCUCCGUAUUAUGAGGUGUCACGGUGUAUUGUCCAGCCGCCAGAAGGCCUCAGCGCGAAUUGUCGGUUUGAAUAUUCGCCUCCUAUCAUGUUCACUAUCUGCAUCAUGAACAUGAUUAAGGCUUCCAUCAUGCUCUCAAUAUGGGCUCUAAGGAGAUGGCAAAAUCCGAAGAGGCAGGACCAAGAAAAAGAAGUCUUAUACACGUUGGGCGAUGCUAUCGCUUCUUUCAUGAGGGAACCAUGCGGACAAACUGUCGAUAUGGGACUUGCGACGAAAUACGACUUCUUGACUACUCGAACACCAAAGAACCGUUUCGUUCGAUCUCCUCCUGCUAUAUUUCAAAAAGCUCCCCAGCCGAGGAUAUUUGAAAUGAAACCAAAACAGUGGAGAUCGUCCGCAAGUCUUAGACGUUGGGUCGUUAUGUUAGCCAUGUGUCUUCUCGUAAUCAUCAUCGCUGCUGUUCUUCUUACGAUGUCGUUCGUAAGCCUAAGACAGCGAGGCUUCGGCGUAGAAAUUCCACAAUUAUGGAAGUUAGGCUUUGGUGCCUUGACUCCUUACACUUACUUAGUCAUUAACAUGCCUCGCACUGAUCCGGGAGGUCUGAUAGCCAAUGUGCUGCUGGCCAACCUACCUCAACUCAUCCUCUCAGUCCUCUACAUUGUCUACAACACCAUGCUGAGCACAUUUCUAGUCCAAAGGGAAUUCAGUCGCAUGUGGAAUCCAGGCAAUCGGAAGCCACUGAGAGUUUCCGAACCGAUCGGGAUUCAGCGAUCAAGUUACUUUAUUUCUUUGCCCCUGAGAUAUGGGAUUCCCCUCUAUGCUAGCUCAGGUGUCAUGCACUGGCUGGUAUCACAGAGUCUUUUCUUGGCGCGGAUUCGAGCCAUAUCCACAAACGGCACUGACGAUGAUGUAAACUCCUUCUCAACAUGUGGCUACAGUCCGAUAGCUGUGUUUGUCAGUAGGUCUACAUACUCUGCCUUAUUUUGUGUCUGCAUUUCUGACCUGAGUCUAGCAUUGCUUGCGGGGAUUCUUCUCGUUGUCAUCAUCAUCGGUAUGGGGUUGCAGCGGUACGAUGGUACAAUGCCAAUGGUGUCGACCAAUAGUCUGGCAAUUAGUGCUGCUUGCCACGUUCUGGAAAGAGAUCGGGAUGGUGGCUAUUUACUUCCUGUCCAGUGGGGAGUUCUAAAUAUGACUGGGGGUGUUGGGAAGUGUGCCUUCACGACAGCUGCGGUCGAUACGGUCAAAGUCCCAGAGACCGGUCCAGGCCGAGUCUACAAGUGA